GCAUAGUUUUGGGAUGCUUUUCGAAGAAGAUCGAAGCGUGGAAACCCACGAAAAGCUUCAACAGAAAAGGUAACAAUUGACAGACGACAUCGAGAGAACCAACCCACAAUAAAACUAUAAUCCCUAUUACUGAGUACUAGUAUCUAUUACGUCAGCUAUCCAUUCUCACCAUCAUGAACCAACAACAACGACACGGAGGUCAAAUUGCUCGUCUCCCUGAACCUGGCGAUGUGGGUCAAUUGAUCGUCCGAGGCGCCAAGCAAUUCGCGCAACGCCACAAAUUCAUCACGGGAGGAUACCUCUUGGGAUUUGUGGUCAUGCUCUUUAUCGGCAGUGGCACUCAACUGACUCUGCAACAACGAAAUCAGUACAGUCGCAUCAUGGACACCAUUGAUUUGCAAGCGGAAUACGAUGCCACCAGCGAUUACUGGCAAGCACGCAAUGCGUAUCAAGCCACGAAGGGAUGGUUCUUUUCCUGCGAUGGACUCUGUCAACGUAACAAACGACGCAUGGAAGAGGCCGAACGCGUCUUGACAGAUAUUCGACAGGAAGGAGAAGCACGCAUGUCCGAUGCCAAGGCCAUUGCCGGAUUGACCAGUGAAGUGGGUGUGGGAGAAAUAAAAGACAGCUUUUGGCAGUACAUUACCGCCGGAAAACAAUUCGCCAAACGACAGAGUAUGUGGGAUAUGAUGUUCAUGGCAUUUCGAUCCAUUGGACAACGAGGACGAGACGAAUCCACGGCCGAAUGGAUUGUCAAAAUUGCCAUGAAUGUACUCAUCAAUUUUUCCAUGGGACUCGCCAUGGCAUUUGUCAUGUUUGUCAUUGGACUCUGGUCCAUUAUACGAUCCUAUCAACCCAAUCCCAUCAUGGCCGUGUUGGUGUUUGUCGGUGCAUCGUGUGCGGCAUUUAGUUUUGUCGCCACCUACAUCAUGGCCAUGUUUGGUGCAGCUGCGGGUGGGGUGUACGGAAUGGCCAAGUUGGCGGAAAACCAAGCCAGACUGCAGAAUGGUGGUGGAGGAGGACAGCGACAGCGAAUGCAAUAUCGACCGCAUUAUGAUUAAAUUAUUAAUUAACGAAUCAACGUUAUGGUUGAUUAUCAACAACGAAGAAAGAUGGCACUAUAGUACUAUAGUACAAGACAAAAAGCUAAUGAGGAAUGGGUAUCAUUUAUUGAGAACCAUGGCAUGGAAGACUAGCACCGUGGGCGGGCCCAACCAUUAUGACAGGUAAUGCUCGAAUUCCUCAUAGUAAAUGCGACCUCCAAAGGACCAACUAAUGAAAGAUCCAACUGCAGGGCUGGAAACUAUAGUUGGAUCGAUUUUUACGGUAUCUGCUCUGGCUAGCUAGCUAGAAGAACGAGCAGACAAGUACUUUGCUGCAAAUAGGGACAUCUAGCUAGUUCCAACGCUGCAAACAGGAAAGACAAGUUCUUAAAGCGUUGAUGCCUUCCUUAGUAGUUAUUAGGCAAAGUGAACCCAAGUCCUAAACUUGCGGGAGAGAGUACAGUCGUACGAUCUGGCAUUGUCUGCAGAAAAUUGUUGCCUAACCAUAUCAUAUCGGUAUCAUAUCAUCAUAUCAUUCACUCGCAGCUGAAUCGAAUCGCUCCAUUCUAAUCAUUCCAUCCUGUCAAUCCUUUAUUUAUGUACUAGGACAGUUACUUAGAAUACUUUCUUUCCUGUGGAUCUGAUUUCCAGUUCCUUCUGAUGAUCUUGCUUGUAUUUUUGCCACGCUUCUUCACCGUUGUGUUUUGCCAUGCAAGAGUUGAGUGCCUUUAAUUUGGACUGACAUCGAAAGACGACAAACAAUCCUUGUUCGUUAGCACAUUCCGCAAAAUCUUGAACGAACGGUUUGCAAAUCUCCUUGGCUUCUUCCUUGCAUUCGUAUCGCAACAAAUCUUCGGCACGAUUUUUGAAACUCAAACGACCUUCUCGAGACGUUUCUUUGAUUUGCGCUCGGUAUUCUGCUUCCAAUUGAGCGCUGCUGUUGCUGUUGCUGCUGCCAGAGGAUGAUGGAGCGGAUGAGGAUGACAUGGUACUGGUAUCGUAGUAGAUGGCUAGCUAUGAUGGAAUGAUGGAAUGGAUAAAGGAUCAGAUCUCACGCAAUAGGAAGGAG